AUGAAAGAUUACUUAGAACUAUAUAAUACAACCCCUAAAACUCAUCCAAAUAAAGUCACUGCGUCGCGGUACCGCGUCGCUCGAUACGCGCGGCGCGCGCGUCCCGUACGCCCCGCGCUUAACGUCAAUCAAGAUAAAACAAUGAACGAGAUUGAUUUAAUCAAGGAAGUGGAGAAGCAUCCCAUAUUGUAUGAUAAGUCGGUCAGCGGCUUCAAUAAAACAAAAUUGAGAGACGACGCUUGGAAAGAUGUGCAAGAGAUCCUCAAUGUAUCUGAAGCAGAGUGUAAGAAACGAUGGCGUUCUCUACGAGAUUCUUUUAUCAAGCUGCAGCGCACCCACGGAGGACGCACUCGAUGGCCGUAUCUUCACGCUAUGCGAUUUUUAUUACCACACGUAGAGCCUAAAAGCGAUACACCUGCUAAACGAGAGACCUCGGACUCCGAGCCUGAUGAAGAGCCUCGACAGCGACCUGGACACUCUCUACCGGACCUUUCUUUCUCCGAAUCUCGAGAUUUAGAAGACGAUGAAGACUCCCAACCUGCUAAGAAAAUGCGACUAAACUCUACCGAAGAGGAACCAUGUCAAUGUAAUAGAACCGAUCCGGAUGAGUUGUUUCUAUUGAGUUGCGCUUCAACUCUAAAACGAUUAAAUUCCAAGCAAAAUUCUGUUGCUCGACUCAAAAUACAGCAGGUCUUGUAUGAGGCUGAGUUUGGGUGUCAGAUGGAACUACCCUAUGUAACACCAGCCAGCGAAUGUGGCUUCGAAAACGUCGAAGGCUCUGUAGAA